CUCUAGUCUGAACUACCGUUAGGACAUAACGGGGAAUAGGAAACGUAGCGGGUUUGCACUUUCUACAAUGUGAAUUCACUAACUGUAGUUGAAAGUUUGGAAUUAGACAGCCUUGAUCACUUUCACCUUCCAGUGAGAUUUUUAAAGAUGGCGGAACUUGAUGUCGAUAAAUUUCCUGCCGGAAACUGGAUUGCUCAUCAUUUACGACUUGUGAAUGAUGACAGCAAGAAAUUGUUUCCUUCCACGGCGGGAUCUAAGAGGUCGUACAGAAAAUAUGAUUCUCUUUAUAUGGUGGACUUUGAGGACUUUCCGGACGGCGCGUUGACCACUCGCAUGAUGGACAAACUCAAUCUGGAAGAGAUUCAAAAGAAACGUGAGACGAUAGCUGACGUAUUAUUCAACUCGAACACCAGGGAGCCUGGGCACAUGUUUGGAAACUGGACAAUACCAGAAAGAAUACUCGACAAGGAGAGUUCCAAAGGAAAGCGUAACGUUCGGAAGGUCAAAAAGACUGCGGAUGACAACUCCCCAUCGACACUGCCAGUCAUACGGAAAAAGACGCCAGGUGCCCGCCACCCUUCCCCAGCUCUCAGCUCACAACUUCCAAAGAUGUCGUCAAAGUCGGCCCGGCCGCCCACAAAGCCUGUGGCCAAGUCCCUGCCGUGUUCGCCCGUCCGGAGAGCCAAGUCGGUCGGCGCCCAUGACCACGACAGACUGAAGGAGGAGCUGCGCGCCUCCCUGAAGCCCGGGGCUGUCGGCCUGGCGGAGGACUGGAUGAAAGACGCCCCUCACAUGGAUCGCGAGGUAGUACAGAAGCUCCUACGUAUGCAGGAGAAGAGCUCACACUUGGAUCAAGCCAUGAAGAAGACGCUGCUCCCGGACGCGCGCCAGGCCGUGGAGAAAUGGCUGGAUCGGGCCACUGAAAGCGAACGCCAAGUUGCUCUCAAAUUCUUUACUUCUCUUGCCGGAAGUAAACUCAUGGGCUUGACAGCUAACGAACAAAGGUCAAGGUUCCAGCAGGUCAUCAGCACGCUUCAGAGGAACCAAGGGCGUGGCACCCCCGGCCUGCAGACCGACCCACAGCUUCCAGCCAGGACAACUCCCGCCUACAAUUCAUCAAGCUGCUGGACCCAGAAACACGUGCCCGGCGCUGGCAACAGACCACGUGGCACCACCUCCCAGAAUACAGGGACAGGGAUCGUGUGAACAACUGGAGCUCACACUACAUCCGCCCCCACGCCGCCGUGCCCCGACACUUCGCCAUCCACCCUGACUGGGGCUGAGUCCAGGGGAAAUCAGACCUCGGUUCACUUGCUUCAGCCUAACAGAAGCCAGUGAUUUACAACAUUAGAAUGGAAUUUUAUAGGUUUAACAUCAAACUUCGGACCAUUUAAAAAUGCAUGAAAAUAUUUGUUUCUCUUCACUUUAAACGUACGAAUGUGCAUUCGAUGCAAGGUUCAUGUUUUGUUGUCAUUAUUUAAACAUAUCCCGGUAUGAAGAAGAAUAAGAUUGGUAGUUCUAUUAAAAAUUACAAGUUUCUGUAAAGACAAUACAGUCAGCAUGAUGUUCGUAGUCCGGCAAUAGUUUGAACAAGGUUAUAUUGUGUGAUGUUCAGGUAAUGUAUGUAAUUGCAUGUUUGACGUUUGACGUUAUCGGAAAAAUAUCUGAAUGCAGGAAAAGUGCUGAAAAGUGCCAGGCAAUUAUGUAAAACUGGUUGUUGAUAGAUAAUAUUUGUCAAAGUAGUGGUUUUCUGUUUUGCUUUUUGCAGAUCUCAAAGAUUUGAAACAUUUAAAUGUGUGUACAUAUACAUCCAGUAUUACUGAGCUGAUUCCCCUCAGGUGAACAUCUUAGCACUUGUUACAGCUAGUGUAGUUUCAUACUUUACUUAUAGCCGAAACCUGAAUGGUUACACAUUGUCAAGAAUGGAACGCAGGAUAAGGCGAAGAUUCUACAAAAAAAGGGAUGUGGUGAGAUAAAAAUUAUUUCUAAACUGUCUGUUACAACCUAUGUCAAAAUCAACCGCCUAAUAUACAAGGAUAUACAAGUGUAGUCAAACCAAUCCUUAAAAACAGUUCGACAUGUAGAUAUAUUAAAUAAAUAUAAUUGGUUUUAAAGCUUACUCCGAGUGCUUUAAAGUCGUACAACUUGAAGCGCUCGUUAAAUCUCAGUCAGUCUUUCUUUACAUGAAACUAUUGAAGUUACGACAAUCACGUGCCUGGAUAGAACAUCCUGGAUAGAUACAGUAAUUAGUAUCAUGCUUGCUAGAUAUCUUCCGAUCACGGUACUAGUAGAAUGAUAUCGAUAUUGGCCCUGUUUAUGAAGACAUGUAGAACUGUAUUUCUGCACGAAGCUUGGUUUCGUUUCGAUGUGCAAGUGUUUUCUUGCCGAGAGUUUGGCAUGUGCACUCUUACAUCCAGUUCAGCAGUAUUGUCAAGGUGUUGACCAACUCUGUGAUAUUUGGAAUGCAUACAGCAGUCGAUGUGAGGGUGAUUCUAUUUAGUUUAUCUAUCACCGUUAUCAGGUAUACCGACACACAAAAGAAUUCCAUUAGCCCGACUGAAUAUUCUUAUCGUUAAUUUCAGAAUGAUUCUGACUUAUGAAUCUGCUGGCAAUGCCUUUCUUGCAUAUGUCGUAAUGUGCAACAAGUGUACUUUCUUCAGAAAACCCUAUCUGUAAAUAGUCCUGUUAUUUAUACAUGUUCUUUAAAGGUGCAGAAUUGCAACAUGAUUGAGUUUCACCUAUCAGACAAACAAAAUAAUUAUGCCAAAUAUUUAUACAUCAGGAUAAAACCUUGUGACUCCAGCAAUCUGGAUUAUGUUUACCGGGGCUAACAAGGUUCCUACUGUGGAUUUUUCCAGUUAUAUUCAAAGAUGAACUGAAAGAUGGUUUGUGUAGUACCUGCACAGGGAGUGCAAUGGUGUGUGCUCAUAUAGCCAUUGGGUGUGUGUUCUGGUAUUUAGGUAUAGCAUCGUGGCAAACAACAGUAAAGCAAUGAUUGAAUGUUUAAUGAAACUCUGCUGAUUCGUUGAUAUGUUUUUACUAAUAACAUUGUGGUUUGUUCUUGCAAUAAAAAUCAAAUUAACAGUGUA